AUGCCCCAGCCACAGGCCUACCCUUGCUACAUCCCCAAUCUGGGGACACCCCCAAGUGUGUUGCUGUUCAGCCAGACCCCAGAACCUACAUUUCUGCCCUGCACUCCAGUGAUCACGGAGCCUCAACUGGUAUUUGCUAUUUCUGGACAGCCCCAAAGGGCCCCUAUGUUGCCUGCCACAUGCUCAAGACUGAUCCUUCAGCCUUGUGCCACCCUUGACCCUCGUCUACUGCAGCCACAGGUCCAGAAAGGCUCUGAGCAAGAUGUGGUUGCUGCUUCCGAGUGUCAGCGGAAGCUGGAGGCUGCUGAGGCACUGUUGGCUCUGAAAUACUCUCGCCCAGUGCCAACUGACUCCACCACUCUGGCCCAGCCCUGUGGCCCUCCAGCUCCUGCUGGAGAUAAAACACUCCAGCCUCCUGGUUCUGCUCUGCACCCCAGGCCUACUACCUCCAUCUCACUGCCUAUUGGAUAUAUAGGCUGCAUCUCUCUCUUGAGAUAA